AUGAAUAAUAUCAAAGGAAUUCUAGAGGAAUUGAUUCCAGGGUAUAACAACGAGUUCCCAUCUAAAGUGAUUACAUGUGCUGAAACUUUAUACCGAUUGAGUCUAAGAGAUAGACCAGUCCUUCCUAAUAAUAGUGAAAUAGCAAGAUCUCAUAUCUGUGUGUUUGUAGCAGCUACAAAAUAUCAUGAACAAUUAAAUAUACCGUCUCCUCUGGCUAAUAAGAUUCCUGCUCCCCCAAGAGUUGCUACAAAAUUGGUUACUGAUUUCACCGAUAAUUUGCUUAACCAAAUCGUUUCCGCAGCAUCCACACCCGUGACUACUCCCAGAAAGCGUCGAAUAACAGGGCUGCUGGAUUCUCCCAUCAAGUCUCUGACUCCAUCGCCACGCAAGCUUCAAAAUUUAAACAAUAAUGCUCCCAAAACCAGUUCACCGUUGAAGAGGAAACUUCAAGAUCUACAAAAUGAAAAGGAUGAUGAUGAGUUCCCUUCAACCCCAACAAAGACUCCCAAACGAAGUGCUACUUUACUUGAUGACUUUGAAAACGAAUCCCCUUUCAACCCCAAAUCAAGUCCAUUGAAGUUACUGAAACAAACAAAAUUACUGCUGCCUACCAAAUCCAUGACUGCAUCAUCUCCUACUUCAUCUCCGUCAAAAAUAUAUGUGUACGAUAAAAAGCAUGUCAAGGUUACAGAUCUCAUUACCUUCUGCAACAAUUUCCAUAUUCCAGCAAAAUUCACUCCACUGAUCAUCCAAGCAUUCUUAGAACACAAGCAUAAGUUUCAUAAGAAGACAGAAUGGCUAUUAGCAUGUGGACUUGUACAUGCAGCAUAUGUGCGUAUUAAUAACGGGCUUUUGCAGGGGAAAAUGGGAGCUAAAACCACAUUUCAAGAUCAACUCUUUACCUACCAAAAGGGUGGCCUUAUGAAAAAGACCAUGCUUUCAUGGUGUAACAUUAUAGAAGAUGCAUUUAAGGCUGAGAGCUGGAUCAUGGAUAUAGAGUUGGAGUAUGUCUACAAAAACAAGUCCAUAGUGGAAGCCAACGAGUCCCGUGAAGUGGAAGCAAAACUAGGUAAAGGUUGGGAUUUAUUUGAGCUCAUGGGUAGUAUGAUAAAUUCAACAACAGUUUUAGACUCUGAUUCUCAAUCAGAAUACUAUAAGAUCUGGACUCAACUGGCCAAAGCACAGUUACAUUCAACCUAA